AGCCCAGAGAAUGCCUGCCUUGCUAUGCAGUGUUUAUCAAGCGAAGUGCUUCGGAAUAAAAGCGACUGCUGAUCUAUGCAUAUGUCUUUUGUGCAUGCGAGUUAUUAAAUGUAUUGAAAUAUAAUACGAAAUUUUGAAAUUAAGGGGAAAAAAUUCGCAGGACUCGGACGGCUGGUGUGUGUUCGCAUGUAGGUACACCCCGUUAUAGAAGAUUAAGUCUACUGUUACCUGGUUUUGUCUUAGGUGUCAGCACGGAUUUUGGGAAUCUACAGAUUUCAGGUCCUCUGGAAUUCCCGUUCAAAUGGACAGAUUUUAAAAAGACAACAGCGGGAUUUGCAGAGAAUGUGCUAGCAUCGUUUGACGAAUUUCCCGGACACUUGUAUGAGAGGGAGCAAUUUUAAGCACUAUCGAUCGGUCCCUUACGGCACAGGUGCUGCUAAGAGAUCAAGAUGCCGAGCAUUCACGAGGAGACAUGUGCCGGUUGUGGCUAUCCUAUCCGUGACAAAUACUUGUUCAAAAUAAAUGACAAUGUCUGGCACGAAAACUGUCUGCAGUGCGCCAUCUGUCGCCUGUCCCUGUCAGGAACUUGCUACAGCAAGAACGGUCACCUCUACUGCAAAUCUGACUACGACAAAUUAUUCCGCGGGCGGUGCAGCGGCUGCGGAUUCAGUAUAAACCCCCACGAGUUGGUCCGCCGAGUGUACUCGAACACCUAUCACCUGCCCUGUUUCCGAUGCGUGGAGUGCGGGCACGUGUUACAAGAUGGUAACGAGUUCUACAUCAGAGACGGCCAGAUCUUCUGUCGAUAUGACCAUGAUAAGGAAUUCCACAUACCCUCGUUCAGCCCCAAAGUAGAUGAAGACAGCGAUAGCUAUGAAGAUUUUGAUUUGGAUGUCGACCGCCAGGCCAAACGGCCAAGAACAAUUCUUACGACAAGUCAACGAAGAAAAUUCAAACAAGCAUUUGAGGCCAACCCGAAACCGUGCCGAAAGGUUCGGGAACAACUAGCAGCAGAAACAGGGCUAACUAUACGAGUAGUUCAAGUUUGGUUUCAGAAUCAAAGAGCAAAGGUUAAGAAAACUUCGCGGAAGGGCGGCAAAGACACAAAUGAAAAAGGGAGAAAACGAAAAUUACGAAGCGAAGACGGAGAGAAAGACGGAUAUCGUGAGUUUGAUGACAUGAACAAACCCACAUCUGACAACGAAGGUUCGAUGUAUUCCAAUAUGGACAGCAGCGGAAACAUGUUUCUUGAGAUGCCCACCUCUGAUGACUCUGUGGAAUCGCCCGUCCCCCAAAGAAUAGACAACUGUCAGGACGCCAACACAGCGUGUCCUACCAAUCACAUCAACAAACUGUAUUCAAUGCAGACCUCUUAUUUUUGUGCGGAGUAGUGUGAAUGACGUCAUCAUCGGUUCCGCCUAUUUAUUCCGCCCAAAAUCGUUACACUGGUGCAUUACACAAAUGAAUGAUCGCUCAUGUACAUAUUUAUAAAUUUUCUAUUUAUUGCUUGAUUGCCGAUUUUCAGCCAUAUUGUCUCAUGUGAUGAGAUGUCGUUUUUUAUGUCCAGGUGCACUUGAAGUAGUUUAUGCUUCUGUUGUUGUUAUGUGUAAAGUUCUCAAUGGGGUAAACUGUUCCACGUUUCCAUGUGAUCAUAUACAUGUACAUUGAUAUUCUGCAUGCAUUUCGCUCUGAUAUCACACUGGUUCUCAUUAAAUGGGUUCAUUGAUGUAUAACUCUGUCACGCUCACAAACUUUUCAUCAAUCCAGCUUGUCUACCCUCUUUAUAUCUGUACCCAUCAAUUUUAUUUAUGAUAGAAAAUCUGCGGUACAUCCCCAAAACAUUUUAAACAAAUAGGUCUUUGUUAAUUUAACUAUACAUUGAUCCCGUUAUUGUUCGUUUCGCCAUUGUGAGUUAGUAAGACACCUGGUCGAUCUAUCAAAAGAAUUCGCGUCGAUAACUUUUACUGUAUUGUACAAAUAUUUUGUAGUAUUUAUUAUUUCUUUAUCGAAUAAAAAGAAAAUUCGUGAUCCCAA